AUGCAGCAUGAAGAAAUUUCAGUACAAGGUUAUGCCGAUCAUAUGGAAACCGACCUUGUUUUGGAUACCACAAUUAAUACAAUUACCCAAUUCCGAGAUAUGUUAUUGCUUUCUGGACAUGAUGUAGUGGUUAUUCGCAUCGAAGACCAGUCUUUCCCUGUACUUCCUAAAGGUGUUUUUGAUGGUGUCCACCUAGAAGAUAUUUACAUACGUCGUAAUAGAAUUGACUCUUUAGAAAGUGGUGCAUUUGACGGCAGUGUUAUUCAAAAUGUUUUUCUGGAUGAAAAUGUGAUAGAAAGAAUACCGAAGGGAGUUUUUAAUGGAGUUGUUCUUGAAAAUAUUACAUUAGUUAAAAAUAAUAUCAGUGUUAUUGAAGACGGUGCUCUCGAAGAUUUUAAAGCAGAAACUAUUGACUUUAGUGAUAAUCAUUUAAGGGAAAUAAAAGCAACUACUUUUGAGGGAUGUAGUACAAAUAUUUUAAGAUUAGACUCAAAUAAAAUAAGUGAAAUAGAAGAAAAUGCGUUUAAAAACAUUCAGACGCUUUUUCACAUAAGUUUGGAGAAAAAUAACAUUGAAGAUUUUGGUAAAGUAUUUAACAAUUUUUCCAGUAUAUUAAAAAUAGUUAAUUUGGAAAAUAAUUGUCUCAAAGAUCUUCCCGCUGAGUGUUUCGCUGAUUCCGAAAUAAUAUGGAUAUACCUAGGCAACAACAAGUUAACUGAAAUAAAAAAAGAUGUGUUUAAUGGACUACACUUUGAAGCUAUAUCUCUUGAAAAUAACCAGAUAUCUAAUAUUGAAGAAGGCUCGUUUGCAGAUUUGCCUUUACAAUUUUUGCUUCUAUCAGGUAACCAACUAACUUAUUUAACAAAGCACAUAUUAGUUGGAGUUACUUCAGAGCUUUCUAAAGUAGACUUCUCGGACAAUCAAAUAUUAGAAAUUGAACCAGGAACAUUUCAUGGUUUAAUAAUAAACAAUCUGUAUUUAAACAAGAACAAAUUAAAAUCUAUCAAAAAGGGAAUGUUUUCUGGUGAAACUGUUGAAGUGUUGGAUCUGUCUGAUAAUGAAAUAUCUGAAAUUGAAAUAGGUGCAUUUGAUGACGUAACAAUAUUAGUAUCUAUUAACUUAAGUAACAAUAAACUUAUGGAAAUUACAGAAGGUAUGUUUUCUGUUCCCCUAGAUAAAAUAAAUUUUCAGAAUAAUGCGAUAACUUUAAUAGAUGAAAAUGCUUUUGGAGAUGUUGCUUUUGAAUCACUGCAGUUGGAUGGAAAUCCGAUUUUAGGAAAUAAAACUAUGUAG